AUGCCCUCCGUAGCCCAAGCAGCAGCCCCAUUUAUUCUCAAAUACUACGAUAAGCAAGUGCUUUACCAUUCGACAACUGCGGAGGGUCAAUUUCCGCUUGUGGUUUACGUUUCAGGACCACAAGGAUCCGGCAAAACUUAUUCCUCUAGAGCAAUCAGGAAAAGUUUACUAUCUUCCAGGCCCAACCUGAGGAUUGUAGUUGUAUCAAUUGAUGAUUUUUAUCUGACCCAUAAAGAUCAGCUGCUGCUAUCAGAGCGAUUUGCGGGCAAUGCCUUGUUACAGGGCCGAGGGCUGCCAGGCACCCACGACCUCGCGCUGAUUGAUGAAUUUCUGCACAAGCUCAGGUCCCCUGGAACUGUGGGUAUUCCUGCAUAUGAUAAGUCUCGGUUUGGGGGUGAAGGCGACAGGGUGAGUCCUUCAGAAGAAUUUGAACCGCCCAUUGACAUUCUUGUCGUCGAAGGUUGGUUUUUGGGUUUUCAAGGGCUUUCUGAAGACACCAUUUGUUCUAUGCGACAGGAGAAGAAUAGUAAGCGCGGUCAACUUCUGCGCGAGCAUUCUUUAGAAAAUCUUCUUCAAAUCAAUUCUUACUUGAGCCGCUACUCUCAAUUACUUUGGGGCAAUGCUUCUUUUCCGUCUUUGGGCAUUGUGAUUGCUGCAGACACUGAAAAUAUUUACACCUGGCGGCAGGAACAGGAAACAGAAUUGAUUGCGAAGAGCGGACAGGGUAUGAACAGUGCGCAAGUGAAAGCAUUUGUUUCAAGGUACAUGCCUUGCUAUGAGAUCUACUAUCCACCUCUUAAGGCAACUGGUAAGCUUGGUAAUUGCGCAACACUUGUCGUUGAUAUCGAUCAUGAACGCAAUGUGACAGGGUCCAAGGUACAAGAGUAA